AUGAUGCGCUUCAACCUCGGCGACCGGCGGAAGCCAGGGGCCGAAGCGACGGAGGACGCGCUGUCAACCUAUUCGGCGUCUUACCAGCAAAAUUCGGUCCAGGUCUGCCUGAUCCGCGCUCCGCUGCUUUCGCUACUCAGCGUGGAUGAGGGGCCGGUCACGCUAUUCCAGCCGUUCAAGAGCCCGCUGCAGGGACACUUGCCAGGCAUCAGCGCCGAGUCGCAGCGGAAGACCCUCGGCUGCAAGAUCCGUAGCUUCGGAAGGCCGUUCGCGCCGGGUGCUGCCGAAAUCGGCGCAUUUAAGAAGGAUGGCGAGGACCCUGAUGCGGGGCUGCCGCCACCGAAUCCGCUGGUGCUGUACACGUCUCCCGAGGAUGCCGAAGUGCAGAUCACCAUCGAGGUCGACCCGAUGCUGUCUAGAUUCCUCCGUGACCACCAGCGCCAGGGUGUGCAGUUCAUCUUCGACUGCCUGAUGGGCCUCAAGGAGUUCGAAGGGCAGGGCUGUAUCCUGGCCGACGAUAUGGGUCUCGGCAAAACUCUGCAGAGCAUCACGGUGAUGUGGACGCUGCUCAAGCAGGGGUUCAACGGCAGGCCGGCGGCACGCAAGUGCGUCAUCGUGUGCCCCGCGAGCCUGGUGAACAACUGGGAGAGCGAAAUCAACAAGUGGCUCAAGGGCAAGUGCCCCUGCACCGCCGUGGCCGACGGCGCCAAGGAGAAGGUCAUCUCCAAGUUCACCGGGUUCAAGUACGACCGGCGCUCCAACGUGCUGAUAUCGUCGUACGAGACCUUCAGGGGGCACAUGAGCAGGCUGGAGGGGGUGCCCAUCGACCUCGUCAUCUGCGAUGAGGCGCACCGGCUGAAGAACGACAAGACCCUCACGGCAGUCGCCAUACAGAAGCUGCCGGCGAAGAUGAGGCUCAUGCUCAGCGGCACGCCCAUCCAAAACGACCUCAACGAGUUCUACGCGCUGAUUUCACUGUGCAACCCCAACGUGCUGGGGGACGUCAGCGAGUUCAGGAGGCGGUACGCCAACCCUAUCAUCCUGGGCAGGGAGCCCGACGCCACCAAGGAUCAGCAGAACCUCGCGGCAGAGCGGCUCGCGGAGCUGUCGUACAUCACCAACCAGUUCGUGCUGCGGCGCACCAACACGCUGCUGUCCAAGGUGCUGCCGCCCAAGAUCAACAUGAACGUCUUCUGCAACCUCACCGAAACGCAGCAGACCCUGUACAAGGAGUUCGCGAACUCGGCCACGUGCAGGAAGAUCGUCAACAGCGACGACCCCGUGAUGGCGAAGACGCUCGGGGCCAUCCUGAACUUCAUGAAGCUCUGCAACCACCCGUGCCUCAUCAAGCCCGGCAGCGCCAUGAAGUCCGCAGCCGCCGACGCGACCCUGAAGCGGAUCCACGAAACGUGCCCGUGGAACGCCAAUAGCCGCUCGAGCUACCCCGAGCUGUCCGCCAAGACGCUCCUGCUCUUCAGGCUGCUGCACAACAUCCGGGCCACGACCAACGACCGCAUCGUCAUCAUCAGCAACUACACGCAGACGAUCGACGUGUUCGAGAGGCUGUGCAAGCAGUGCGGCUACCCCUGCGUCAGGCUGGACGGCACGCUCAGCAUCAAGAAGCGGCACAAACUGGUCACCACGUUCAACGACCCGACUUCGCACAGCUUCGCGUUCCUGCUGAGUUCCAAGGCCGGCGGCUGUGGCAUCAACCUCAUCGGGGCGAACCGGCUGGUGCUGUUCGACCCCGACUGGAACCCCGCGAACGAUAAGCAGGCCCUGGCCCGUGUGUGGCGUGACGGCCAGCGGAAGACCUGCUACAUCUACAGGUUCUUCAGCACCGGGACCAUCGAAGAGAAGAUAUACCAGCGGCAAAUCUGCAAAGACGGACUCAGCGCCAUGCUUGUCACCGACGGCGCCAACGAGCUGAAGGACGCCCUCAGCGGAGAGUGCCUCCGGAACCUGUUCGACUACAAGGACACCACUGUUUCUGACACGCACGACUCCAUCUCCUGCGAGCGUUGCACGGAGGGCGUCGGCUACGUUCCGCAGACCCCGGACUUCGUGGAGGACGAUCUGCUCACCUGGGCGCACCACACUGACCUGCAGACGGUCCCCGACCCCUGCCUGAAGCGCGCGAUAUUCGACAACAACCCGCCCAUUGACGUCCCAGAGGGCUACAAACCGGUGUCUUUCGUCAUGAGCUGCUUAGUGGAGUUCAAGGACGUGCCGCCACCCAAGAAGCCGGAGCAGCCUGCCCCGCAAGUAAAGAUCGAGAACAAAACCGAGGACAAGAGUGAUAACGCCGAUGAAGCUGAUGUUAAGACCGAGAACACGACCGAUAAGGUAAAUAAAGUGAAGGAAGAGGCAAAAGCGAUCGAACCGACGGUUGCCGCUGAAACCACUCCAGCUAAAAGGGGUCGACGGGGGAGGAAGCCUAAGGCUGAAGCAGUUACGGAGGUACCUCAGCAGCCGGAAGCAGUUGCCGAAGCAAAAGAAGAUGCCACCGCAACAACACGCAUGAGUACCCGAUCAGGGAGAGGCAGACGUAAAAGGAACUCUGUCGACGCAACUGCCCAGGUCGCACCCGAAAGUCCGAAGGCCAAACGCAAGACGGCGGCGACUGCCGUUGCAGCGAAACCAGAGCGCGCGACGCGCCGAAGUCCCAGAAAAGCUGCCUUGGAGGAAGCUAAUGUCGAUCGCACGAACACGGCAUCGACCGAUGUCGAGCUCGGGGACGUGGCCGCGGAAGGCGAGCUCACUGACGGGUUCAUCACGGACAACGAGGAGCCGGUAGCGGCGGAGGACGGCGACGUUACGGAGGCCGAGCUCACGGACAUGGGAGACGACUCCGAGUGA